AUGGCUGAUCCCCUCUCCAUCGCAUCGGGGAUUGCUGGUUUGCUCUCACUUGGUAUUCAAGUCACCCAAUCUUUGGUCAGUUUUUACACAGCAUACAAGGACCAGGACAACGAUCUAGCAAAGAUUACGCAGCAUCUUGAUAAACUCGACUUGAAUGUCUCGGCCGCCGGUUUCAAGGGUCGUAUUCAUCUUGCUAGGCGUCGCGCCGCCUAUCCAUUUCAAAAAAGUAUAUUAAAGAAGCUCGAAGAAGACGUCGGCGAGAUACGUCAACAUUUGUCGUUCGCACUAGAUGUCCUACAGCUCAAAAGCCACAACCAGAUCGAAGAUGACAUAUCGGAAGUCAAAUCGCUUGUGGAACGAACAAACGCAAGUUAG